GCGCUCGCCGCGCAGACUCUCGCUUUCGGCUGCAGUUGGCUGGUCCGGUGGUCUCGGCGUGGGAGCAGCGCGUGCCAGCUGGUCUUGCCUCGGCGUCUUGUCGGAGGAAGCACAAUGCAACAGCCUGGACAGACGAAGCGAUAACAGGCAGGCGAUCGCGCUUGGAAACGGCUCUUUGCUCGACGGCGUCUAAUGUGCUCUUUAUUUUAUUUGCCUGGAAAAACCAGAGUCCAGUUUAGGGUCGGAUUGAACGCUGCCGAGGAAGAGAGAAAGGAUCGAGAAAAGAGCAGGCAAGUUAUGGAGCGCAAGUUGGCUUUGUCCCGUUUGCCUCUUUGGGACUAGCUUACAAAAACGGGGAAGGUGGAAGGAAGGCUCCCCCGGCGUUUCGAGACUCCAGGCGCUGAGAAGACCUGGGCGCGCGUGGCGACGGCCAGCCAGCCAGCCAGGAGAAAUUUGACGCGUUGCAAAUAUUAACCGGAUUUGGAUUUGUGAUUUAUUUAAUUUUUUUUGACAGCGUUUCUCUUGCUCCCGGAAUUUGCUGCAAGUUGAGAAGCUUGCAAUCUGGAUUUCAUGGAGCGGGGAUUCUUGAUACUGGUUGGACUUACAUUUCUCUCGAGCGCAGGUUUCUCACUACCCACCUCUCACCCCCUGUUGCUUCCCAGUGUGGGCAGGAGUAACAGCACAGGGCUGAGAUUUCUGGGACUCUCAGAGAAAGUCAGCAAAGAAACCAGCACAGAACCCGGAAGGCUGAAUUCAUCUACCAGCUCCAAACUGGACAACGUGGCUGACCUGGGGGAGGUCCACCACAGAGCCAAACGCUGUACUUGCUACACCUACAAAGAUAAAGAGUGUGUUUACUACUGCCACCUGGAUAUCAUCUGGAUCAACACCCCAGAGAAAACUGUUCCAUAUGGGUUGGCUAAUUACAGGGGAAAUUUCCGGGUCAAAAGGUCCACAGAGCAGUUCCACAAGAGUUUGCAUUCAUCAGAAAGAUCUCCAUCACGCUGCUCUUGCAUAGAUCGACAUGACAAGUUGUGCAUGCAGUUUUGCACAUGGAGUGUCCAAUGCAAUCAUCUGAAGCAAAUGAAUUACCCAGCAGAAAGAGCUCUUCUUCAAGAAGAAAAGCGUGCUCUUACCCAGUAACUUAGAAAAAUUCCCCUGGUUUGAACUGGAGAGGUAAGACAUUGAGAACUCUACCUAAGAUAUGGAAGAAAAAAUCCUCACAAAAGUCAACAUUGUGCCCAGAUAUUCAGAUGGAUUUUCCAACAGUAUAUGUUUCCUUUGCUUGAAUGGUGAUUUUUUUCAAAUGACUUUGCGUGCUUGAAAAACAUUGCACUGACUAUCAUCUCUAACAUGGUUACAGUUCCGUGGGGAAAGAUGACAAUGAUGAAUGAUAAUGAUGUUAAGAUUCAGAGGACAGCUCCUGCCACUAUAUCAGAAAUGCUGAUGUAUAACGAGGAAAAAUACCACUUUCACUUGCUUGUUGUAUAUGUGUAUACAAGUGCCUUAUUUCCUGCAAGCUGAAGCCAUGAAAGAAAUUGGUACAGUUUAGAAAAAUACCUAUAUAAAAACCUUUUCCUAAUCUUAAACCUGUUCUUUUGUAAUUUCAGUGGCAUUUAAAAAAAAUGACAAUAUCUAUGCAGAUGAAAUAAGAAUGGCUAUUAAUAUUAUAAUAUAUAGCAGGCUAACAGAAUUACUUAUUUCUUAGAUUAUUGGAUUCAAGAACUGAUUCCUGCAAUAAAAUUGAAUUUUAAAACAAAUCUACAGGAUAGAUUUUGAGAUAAGGAUUCAUAUACUACAGUUAUCUAACCAAGGCUACAGCGCUCCAGAACCCUUCAUUUGGUCUAAACUCUGAAAGAUUAAAAAUACAUUUUGCUAAUGACAGGGAUGUAAUCCUUAAUUUUAAUUUCUAGAAGAGUUGAGUAAAUAGUUAUUUGGAGUUCUGACAUUACUCCUUGAAGUUAUGAUAUUUCAACACAGCUGAAGAAAGGGCGCAGAAUAGAGCCUGUGACUGGAAUUGAUUGCAUGUUGAUUUAAAGAUGAUGUCAGGAGGAUAUUGAUUUGGCAUAUGUUAUUCAAAGAGGAGAAAGGAGUGCACUGGUAACAGUUGGAACCCUUUUGAAGGACACUUGAUUAAAACUGGGAUUUCUCCACAUAUAUAGCGCUAUAGUUUAUUAGAAGACAACUAUUACAACUCUGAGCUGAAUGCAUUAACUCUUGGACCUACUGCAGAACA